UCUUGUUACAGUCGUAUACUGAUUCACUACCGUUUUCAGUUCACUGUGUUAACUUGGUGUCUCUUGCAAUGGAUUCUGAUCGGGCCCGGCAGGAGGAGCACGGUCGUCACCAGCAGUACUCCACCAGUGAGCUCAUGUCCAGCGCCAAGGUGGUGGCGGAGGCGGCCCAGUCAGCCUUGGGCAAGGAAUCUGGCAGCCUGGACAAGACCAAGGUCGCCGAUGCCGCCGGCGAUCUUCUCGGGGGAGCUCGUCAGUACGGCAACCUCGAGGACAAGGGCAUGGGCCAGUACGUGGAGAAGGCCGAGAAUUAUCUCCACCAGUACAGCGGCGGAGGCCAUGGCCAGACGGAGAAACCAUCGGAGUCAAAGCCAGAAGAAGGUCGCUCUGAAAGCGGCGGCAGUGGCGGCGGGAUUGGAGACUACAUGAAGAUGGCUCAAGGCUUCAUGAACAAGUGACCGAUAUAUAUGACAACUGAGGAAUAUAUAAAGCUGAUAUUGUGUGUCUCUUAGUAAGCAUCAUAUGACGUACGUGUGUUUUCUAUGCGUGGUAGUGAGUUCUUGAGAGAUGUAAGGGCAUGCACUUUAACUGUAAGCCAUUUAUGUAAUGUGUGUGAGAGUUGGAUCAUCGUUGUGGAUGGUUCAAGCCCUGAAGGAUGAUAUAUAUAUAUAUAUAUAUAUGUAUGUAUGUGGUUUCAUUCCCCUGAA